AAAGAAUAUGACAAUUACACGCAUUUAUACCAAAGAUUAUUUAAUUUAUAAGAAAAUUAUGAAAGAAGAAAGAAGUAGUUCUAUUUUCGUUUUUUAUCACUGACUUAUAGUCAUAACUGAAGUGUUUAGAUUCAAAAUGGUGGAUCUGAAUGUGUACGUGAAAGAAACUCUAGAGCUGUUGAAUUUAGAAAGACAAACAGAAAUCGACGAAUCUAGGGCUAUUUACGAAAACACAGAAUGUGAUAGAUUAGAGAAAAAGGGUGUUUGCUUGCGGAAGAUGGUUUUGUAUGAUCGGAGAACCGGUUUGUAUGGCCGAACUCUCCUGACUUUAGGGAAUGGAAAAGGUCAGAAAAAGAAAACAUCACCUUUAUCAGCACAUUGCUUUACUGUUGGUGAUAUUGCUGGCCUCUCUUAUUCUUCUACUGAGAAUAAUAUAGAUGAACUGUCAUCAGGUGUUGUUACCAGCGUAUCGGAGACGUCCAUUGUUAUUGCAUUUGAUGAAUCUUUUGAUUCUCAAUUGAUUGAUGAGCAUCGUUUGAUGAAAGUCACUCGUUUGGUGAAUGAUGUCACUUUCAAGAGAAUGAAAAGAACUAUUGAAUCUCUGGGUCAAAUGCCAUCUGCCAGAUUUUGCUCGCCACAAUUGAUAUCCGUCCUCUUUGGUAACACCUCUCUGGGUUUACCUCUUAACAUUCAAAAUCUUGUAAAAAGCUCUCAUUUGAAACAUGAUCAGGAAUAUUUUAAUCCAGGUCUAAAUGUAAGUCAGCAAGAGGCAGUUCAGUUUGCAUUGACUUGUCAUGAUAUUGGGAUCAUUCAUGGACCACCAGGGACAGGAAAGACAACAACAAUUAUUGAAAUUAUCAUUCAGGCUGUUAAGAAGUAUGACAUGAAAAUUUUGGCUUGUGCACCAUCUAAUGUGGCUGUGGAUAAUAUAUUGGAACGGUUAGCAUGUUUUAAAAUAAAGGCUGUGCGUUUAGGACAUCCAGCCAGACUAAUGGAUAAACUACAGGCCUACUCUCUUGACGCAAUCCUUAAUCAAUCCGAUGAAACAAGCAUUGUCAAAGAUGUGAGAAAGGACAUCAACACUGCAGUAAGAAAACUUCAUGAUACAAGAAAUUUUGGCGAUCGUUCAAAGCUGCAUUCAGAAAUCAAAAUAUUGCGUAAAGAAUUGCGAAAACGUGAAGGAAAAGCCCUGAAACAAGUCCUCCAGAAUGCUGAGGUUAUUCUGUCAACAAAUAUAUCUGCAUGUGAUGAUGGUCCAUUGAAACAUCUUCCAAAAGAUCAUUUUGAUUUUGUGGUCAUUGAUGAGGCUGCUCAAGCACUAGAAGCUGCAUGCUGGAUACCAUUACAAUGGGCUCCAAGGUGUAUCUUAGCUGGAGAUCAUAAACAAUUACCGCCGACCAUUACGUCGUGUGAAGCUGCACAACGUGGACUGGGAGUGACAUUGAUGGAAAGAGUUAUAAAAAUGCUUGGAGAUAAGGUUGUUUAUAUGCUGACAACUCAAUAUAGAAUGAAUGAUAAAAUAAUGCAGUGGGCAUCACAGCAACUUUAUGAUGGAAAACUUCUGGCUGACUCAUCUGUGGCGCAACACGUGCUAUCAGACUUACCAUGGGUGAGUGACACAGAACUAGUGUCGCUACCUUUAUUGAUGAUUGAUACCGCUGGCUGUGACCUAUUUGAGCUUCAGACUGAAGAUGAGGAAUCCAAAGGAAAUGAAGGAGAAGCAGAUGUUGUGCUCGCACUUGUAGAGGAAUUGAUAGAUAGUAAUGUCAAACAGCAAGAUAUUGGUGUUAUUACACCCUACAAUCUUCAGGUUGAACUCUUAAGAUCACGGCUAUCCUCCAGAUUCCCAGCAAUUGAGAUCAGAUCAGUUGAUGGAUUCCAAGGGAGGGAGAAAGAAGUUAUUGUCAUAUCAAUGGUGCGCUCAAACACAAAAGGUAAUAUUGGAUUUCUUUCGGAGAGAAGACGAAUGAAUGUUGCUGUUACGAGGGCUCGAAGACAGUUGAUGAUUGUUGGCGAUUCAAGUACGAUCAGUCACGAUUCUUUUCUCAAUUCUUUGGUCAAAUACAUCAGCGAUCAUGGUGAAACUUGGUCAGCGGAACAAUACCGAAAUCACAUUGGUGAAACGACUUAUUACCAAGGCACUUACAACCACACAAAAUCUUCCAACGCAGAAAAACUCAAGAAAAACAAAACUAACAAAGCCUUAUCAACCAAAUCUACAAAAGGGACAUCUACAAUGAGAACUAAACAAAACACAUCAGAGAUUUCACAAAAGAAAGUGAGGUCAAAUGAUAAUUCACAAGAGAAUUUAAACAAUGUUUGUGAACAGGAUGAUAUUGAAAAACUUGAGGCUCAAAUUAAGACAUUUGUAAUUGAUCCCACUAUGACGCACCUUGUCUUUCCCAGUCAUCUCAGUUCGAAGGAACGUUAUACAGUUCACUCAAUGGCCGAGGAACUUGGGCUCGAGCAUGAGAGUAGAGGUGUUGGAAAUGAACGUUUCAUUGCUGUGUCGAAGAAAUCAAUGCUGAAGGAGGAGGGUGAGCUUAAUAAUGAAAUAAAAACGAAGAAAAUUGAAACAGAGUCCGUAUGCAACACGAAAGUAAAUGAAUCUCAGUUGAAAGAUGACAUGGCUAUUUGUGGACACUGCGGGAAGGAAAUGAUGUCUUCCAACAUAUUUUUACAUGAAAUAAGAUGUGAAUAUAAUAGACCAGAAACUCAAACCGAUGGCGCUACUGGCAUUGGUAAAGGAGGUCGGGAUCAAAGAUUCAGAUCGAAAAACAGUGUGGCACGCAAAAAGAAAAACAGCAAGUCGCAGGAAAAACAGUCUGGCGUUAAAAAAUCCGACUUACAGAACCAGGAGGAUGAUUUUGAUGAACUUUUGGCAGAAUUUCGUCAAAAUGACUCGCAGUGCGCUAUUAGCAAAUGCAAAAAGAGUGUUUUAACUCUGGGACAAAAAUGUCGUUAUUGCAACAACAUGUAUUGCAUAGGACAUCGUUUACCCGAGGAUCAUGGUUGUCAUCAGGUUGUCAAAGAACAAACUCGGUCUGGUAUUGGCAUGCGCAAACAAAUCUCGCAGAAAACUGCAGCAAAGCGCACGCUUUUGGAAAAGAAAUUGGAUGUUAAGAUUAAAGAUUUGGAGAUUGGUCGUAAAAGUAAAAUUAAGAAUGGCAAAUAACACCAACUUGUUAAAAUUAAGUUUAUGUAUGUCCCUUCCCUUAUGGUCCUACAUAUAAUACAAACUAAUUUUCAUUUUGAGCAACUACACAACACUCAUUUCUGUGUCCAAGUUUCGUUUUGUACUUGACGCUGACAUUUUUGUUUGCGGUCGAGGAUGACGUACAACAUGUGAUAAAGAAUUAAGGAAAAUCGUUCAAUUGAGUUGAUGAACAUAUCAAGACGGCUCACAUGUAAGAUUACCAACGCAAAUUUCUUUGUAGGUAAAGUUAUUUUUGUAUAAAUAUAAAAAGGAUAUGA